CCACGGAAGUGUGCCCUUGACAGUGUGAGGACUGUGGUAGCUUCAUGUCGGUAUGGCCCAACCGGACCCCCCAAUGAUUGAGGGAUUUACUCCCAGCCCGCAUACGACGAGAGAGGGCUUUAAGAACAAGUUUAUACGGAAGGUCAAAGAGAACCCGUUUGUACCUAUUGGUUGCAUUGCUACCACCGGAGCGCUGACCUACGGCCUGAUAUCCUUCAAGCAGGGGAAAACCCGUCAGUCCCAACUAAUGAUGCGCGCCCGUAUAUUGGCGCAGGGUUUCACAGUUGCUGCCAUUAUGGUUGGAGUUCUUAUGACCGCUUUGAAGCCUCGUGGUGCCCCCCGUUAACGUUUAGCCGUUUCCUGUGGACUCACUGAAGAGACACUUAAUAUGUUGACUUUCCAGCAGGUGCCCAGUGCUGCCCUGAUGCUAAUGGGGCAAGUUGGUAGAAAUGGACAUUAAAUUUGUCAUAUAAAA